AUGUUCAGACUCAUCAGCAACCUCCUGUUUGGGGCAGAAGAUAAGGCUGUUGAAGACAUUAGGCCUAUGGAAGUGGAGGAUGAAGAGUGGCAUGUUGUGAGCCACCAAGAGGCAGUUGCAGAAGAACACCACAAGGCGGCAGUGAUCGACCAUGAAACAAACACAGCUGUCCUUGGAUCCACCUGCUCCCAGCUCCUGGAAAACAGUGCAAUUUCUUCAGAAACUCAGGAUCAAAAAAAGAAAAGUGCAGCUGAAGCCCUCCCUGCUGUACUGUCUCUGUCUAAAGCGGUGGGCCCUGGGACUCCCUGUGUCUGUGUGCACAAAGCCAAAGACUGGGUGCCCCGGCAUGGCUUGUCACGGAGGGCUAUGCAGCGACAGAACCGUAUCCGACAAGGGGUCCAUCCUCAGAGCUUCCACCUGCAGCAGCCUGGCCAGCGCAGCCUGUACCACUGA